AUGUCGAUAUGGGAUCGAUUUCUAGGCCUGUUUAAUGGCGGUAUGAGGGCUUAUAAAGUACAAGAUGUUAAGCGAGAAGCGCGAAUAGGUGUCACAGCCAAAAAUUUUCACGAGUUGUUGGAAAAGGGAUGCAAGAAGCUAAACCUUUGUCAAAAGGAGGUAACCGUGGUGAUAGAGGAUGAUGGGACAACAGUUUGUGAGGAUUCCUUUUUCAAAAAGCUGCCAUCUCAGACAGUAUUUGUCUUCCUUCAGAAAGGAGAGCGAUGGAGGGGAGCUGGAGCCUUAAUACAUGAUGCCUUGAGCAAGCUGUACUGUACUGCUAGGAAAAACGAGAUUGCAGGACAAAUUCGUGAACUCCUGCAGGGAGAAGAUGCUCCUGAAAAAAUUCACAUUAUCUCUCAAUAUCUUGAGAUGAUGCAGACUAACACAGACUGCGAGGAGCGAUAUGAGGAUGAGGACUGGUUUGAAGGUCUAAACAAAAAGUACAAGAAUAAAAGUGAGGUGAUGAGACACAGUGCCCAGACUAGACUUCGUAGCUACUUCACAACGGCAAAAGACCAGAUAGAGAAAGAAUCUGCUGGAGAAUAUAAAGAUCUCUUACUCACCAGUCUAGACGAUGUUCUUAACAAACUCAAACGCAAUGACUUUCAUGCAACUUACUUUGACCGAACAGCUGGCGCCAAGUUGCGGCUUUGUGACAAGAAGGGCUGGUUUAAAUGCGAAGGUCCAUUUGACAGUGAAUCAUGUGACAAAUAUCACACCAUUAACCCAUACGCCUCUAAGGGUUACCGUCAGUUGUUCGGCCUAUGGAAUUUGGAUCACAUAAUAGAGAAAUCAAGGGAGGUAAUACCGAUGUACAUAGAGGCAGCAAAGAAUGUACCCAAGGGGAAAGAACUAAACCAUCAUCAUCUCUAUAGUCUCCUGUUUACCCGACAAAAUCUCAAACUGGUUCAGGUUGGCUGUCACAAGAAAGCUGCUCGUAGCUCUGGGAACUGUUCCUGGCAUGAUUUUGUGCAAUGAAUUUUUUCACCAACAGCUCUGAUAA